GAUGAGGCCCCACCAUGUCGUCCUGGUCGCUCUCUGCCUCCGGGCGCCCGGCCUGCUGCUCAGCACCUCCGAGCGCUGCGACGACUGGGGGGUGGACACCAUGAAGCACAAGCCGGUCUACAGCGGGGAGCCGGCCAAGAUCAAGUGCCCGCUCUUUGUGGCUUUUGUGAAGUACAACUACAGCACGGCCCACGCGGCCGGCCUGACCCUCAUCUGGUACUGGAUCGGGCUGGGCCAGGACCUGGAGGAGCCCAUCAACUUCCGCCAUCCCGACAACCACAUCAGCAAGGAGAAGGACAUGCUGUGGUUCCGCCCGGCGCUGCUGAACGACACGGGGAACUACACCUGCAUGCUCAGGAACGCCAGCUACUGCAGCAAAAUCGCCGUCCCCCUGGAGGUGGUCAGCAAAGACCCCGGCUCCUGCCUCAGCCAAGCGGUCAAGCCGGAAGUGGUGCUCAUGUACUUCGACACGGUCAAGCAGAACCUCACCUGCCCGGAGUUGGGGAGCUUCCUUCCGGCCGGCCUUGAGCCCCAGGUCCGCUGGUACAAGGAGUGCCAUCUCAUGAAAUACGACUAUCCUGAUCGGAUCCCCAAUGGCGUCAACCUCACUUUUGCCAUUGUCUACGAAGUAUACGAGGGCGAGUACACCUGCGUGGCGAGUUACCGGGAGAACAGUCGGGAUUUUACUCUGACGCGGACGAUGAGAGUCAAGGUGGUAGGAUCACUGGAAAAAUCAACGCCCCCCGUGAUCAUCUUCCCAACAAAGCGGAUCGUCUAUCAACUCAAGCCAGGUGAAGAAUUGGAUCUCAGUUGUGAGGUGAUUUUCACGUUCCUGGAGGACUCUCCCCAGGAGGUCUGGUGGGUCAUUGAUGGAAAACACUCGGAUGACGUCACCGACCUCAAGUUCAACGUGACCCAAACGGAAUCCCCCUUAUCGAUCGGGGGGACCAAGAUCAAAAAGAAUCUGACUGUGCCCCGCAUGACGGAGAAGGAUUUGAAACGCAACUUCACCUGCUUCGCCCAGAACAACCGGGGCAUCGUGCACGCCCAGGCGGACGUGAGGAUGAAACACGGGAAGGAGUACGACGUCUACGUCUCCUACGCCAGGAACAGGGAGGAAGAGGACUUCGUGCUGCUGACCCUUCGGGGGGUUUUGGAGAACGAGUACGGCUACAAGCUCUGCAUUUUCGACCGAGACAGUCUCCCCGGGGGAAACGGGAAGGAGUAUGACGUCUACGUCUCCUACGCCAGGAACAGGGAGGAAGAGGACUUCGUGCUGCUGACCCUUCGGGGGGUUUUGGAGAACGAGUACGGCUACAAGCUCUGCAUUUUCGACCGAGACAGUCUCCCCGGGGGAAACCUCACCGAAGCCAUCUUCGACUUCAUCCAGAAAAGCCGGAAGAUGAUCGUGGUCCUGAGCCCCGACUAUCUCCUGGAGAAGAGCAUCAGCCUUCUGGAGUUCAAGCUAGGUCUCCUGUGCCAGAACAACAUUGCCACCAAGUUGGUGGUGCUGGAGUACCAGCCGUUGCCCCAAGCCCACCCAAGCAUCCAGCAGCUGAAGGAAUCUGUGGCCUUCGUGAUCUGGAAGGGCGAGAGGUCCAACCACGUGGGUUCCAAGUUCUGGAAAGCCUUACGUCUAGCUCUGCCUCUCCGGAGUCUCAGCGCCUGCGGCAACGCUGCCUGGAACGAAAGCUGCUCCUCGCAUUCGGACACCAGCUUGGACCCGGUCCAGAAGAAGAGGAGCCGGUUGAAAGGGCCCCCCGCGAAGCCCAAGGGGGUCCCCGUCCAAAGAGGGCUUGCCUCCUUGCCCAGAAGGAAGAGCAAACCGCCUGCCAAGCCGUUCCUGGCCUGCCGCUGCUGCGUGGCCUCCUCCAAGGAGAAGCGCCAUCUCAAGAGCCCCGGCCAAGCGGUAGCCAAGCCCAAGCAGGAGAGGCCGUGCCAGAGGCCGCUGCUGGGAGACUCUGCGGGGGUCCACCUCCAGAAGAAUGGCAAGAAGCAUCCUCCGGAGUCCCAGGGGGCCCCUCUCGGUCGCCAGAGGUUUGCCGAGGUGUCCAAUAACAAUGACUUCUAUGUCCUUUAA